CCAAUGAGUACAAGGCCUAUGGAAAGGAGGUUCACUGGUAUCAGUCACAUGACUGGGAACAAUUUCGGGGGGGUAAUUACUGUUUCCUGAAACAGACUUGAUAAUCAUGCAGUCGCCUCAGGAUGAGCAGGAGAAGCUGUUGGAUGAGGCCGUGCAGGCUGUUAAAGUGCAGUCCUUUCAGAUGAAGCGCUGCCUGGACAAGAACAAGUUGAUGGAUGCACUGAAGCAUGCCUCUAAUAUGCUGGGUGAACUGAGGACGUCCAUGCUCUCUCCCAAAAGCUACUAUGAGCUCUACAUGGCCAUCUCUGAUGAGUUGCACUACCUGGAAGUCUACCUGACUGAUGAGUUUGCCAAAGGCAGGAAGGUGGCUGAUCUGUAUGAGUUGGUCCAGUAUGCAGGAAACAUCAUUCCCAGAUUGUACCUACUAAUCACUGUAGGGGUGGUGUAUGUGCGCUCCUUCCCCCAGUCCCGUAAAGACAUACUUAAAGACUUGGUGGAGAUGUGCCGUGGGGUGCAGCAUCCUCUGCGGGGCCUGUUUCUCAGGAAUUACUUGCUGCAGUGCACCCGGAACAUCCUGCCUGAUGAUGGAGAGCAAGCAGAGGAGGAGAUGACCGGGGACAUUAACGACUCCAUUGACUUUGUGCUGCUGAACUUCGCUGAGAUGAACAAGUUGUGGGUGCGCAUGCAGCACCAGGGCCACAGUCGUGACCGGGAGAAGAGGGAGAAGGAGAGGCAGGAGCUGCGCAUCCUGGUCGGGACCAACCUCGUCCGUCUGAGCCAGCUGGAGGGGGUCAACGUGGACAAAUAUAAACAGAUUGUGUUGUCCGGGAUCUUGGAGCAGGUCGUGAAUUGCAGGGACCCCCUGGCGCAGGAGUACCUCAUGGAAUGCAUUAUACAGGUUUUCCCAGAUGAAUUCCACCUGCAAACACUGAAUCCCUUCCUGCGCUCAUGUGCCGAGCUGCAUCAGAUGGUCAAUGUGAAAAACAUCAUCAUUGCUCUCAUUGACAGGCUGGCUCUCUUCGCUCACAGGGAAGAUGGCCCUGGCAUUCCAGCUGACAUCAAGCUCUUUGACAUCUUCUCCCAGCAAGUAGCAACUGUGAUUCAGUCGCGCCAGGACAUGCCCUCGGAGGACGUAGUCUCUCUGCAGGUGUCCCUCAUCAACCUGGCCAUGAAGUGCUACCCUGACCGUGUGGAUUACGUAGACAAGGUCCUGGAGAGCACUGUCGAGAUCUUCAACAAGCUCAACCUGGAACACAUUGCCACCAGCAGUGCAGUCUCUAAAGAGCUGACUAGGCUGCUGAAGAUCCCCGUGGACACCUACAACAACAUCCUGACCGUGCUGCAGCUCAAGCACUUCCCGCCGCUCUUCGAGUACUUCGACUUCGAGUCGCGCAAGACCAUGAGCUGCUACGUGCUCACCAACAUCCUGGAAUACAACACCACCAUCAUCGCUCAGGAGCAGGUGGACUCCAUCUUGAGCCUGGUGUCCACACUGAUCCAGGACCAGCCAGAUCAGCCGGCAGAGGACCCUGACCCUGAGGACUUUGCUGAAGAGCAGAGCCUGGUGGGCAGGUUCAUCCACCUGCUCCAUUCCGAUGACCCUGACCAGCAGUACUUGAUAUUGAACACAGCCAGGAAGCACUUUGGUGCCGGUGGCAACCAGAGGAUCCGUUACACGCUUCCCCCGCUGGUGUUUGCCGCCUAUCAGCUGGCCUUCCGCUACAAAGAGAACUGUUCCUCGGAUGACAAAUGGGAGAAGAAGUGUCAGAAGAUCUUCUCGUUUGCACACCAGACCAUCAGUGCUCUUAUCAAGGCUGAGCUGGCCGAGUUGCCUCUCCGCCUCUUCCUGCAGGGGGCGCUAGCAGCCGGAGAGAUCGGCUUCGAGAACCACGAGACUGUGGCCUAUGAGUUCAUGUCCCAGGCCUUCUCCCUGUACGAGGACGAGAUCAGCGACUCCAAAGCCCAGCUUGCGGCCAUCACGCUGAUCAUCGGCACGUUCGAGCGCACGCGCUGCUUCAGCGAGGAGAACCACGAGCCGCUGAGGACGCAGUGCGCUCUGGCCGCCUCCAAGCUGCUGAAGAAGCCUGACCAGUGCCGCGCCGUCAGCAUCUGCGCACAUCUCUUCUGGUCCAGCCGCAACACCGACAAGAGUGGAGAUGAGGUUGGUCCUGCAGGGAUUCGAGAUGGCAAGAGGGUGAUGGAGUGCCUGAAGAAAGCUCUGAAGAUUGCCAAUCAGUGCAUGGACCCGUCCUUGCAAGUGCAGCUCUUCAUCGAGAUCCUGAACAGAUACGUGUGCUUCUACGAGCGAGAGAACGACGCGGUGACGGUGCAGGUCCUGAACCAGCUGAUCCAGAAGAUCCGUGAAGAUUUGCCAAAUCUGGAGGCCAGCGAGGAGACGGAGCAGAUCAACAAACACUUCCACAACACACUGGAGCACCUGCGUCUGCAGAGGGAGUCUCCCGAGUCGGAGGGGCCUGCCUACGAGGGCCUGGUGCUGUAGGGGGCCCCAGCGCAGCUUUAUGUAUGUGCAUACUCAGACAAGAGAGCUGUACAUGUAUAUAUGCACACACACUCUAAUACAACCACACACCAGGGUAUUCCAUCCAGGGGAAAAGCACCGAUUUCCACCUGCCUCCUCUCUUCCUCUUUUCCCUGAUCUCUCUGCAUGUCCAUUCCUUACAUCUCUUUUAAUGUCUCUUUCCGUCGCUUUCUCAUUCAUUACGUAUGUAAGUGAGGGGGAGAAAAAAAAAAGCUACGUUUACUUGGCCUUGCACUUGUCUGAUGUCAUUUCCUUAUGAAUUCUCCACAGCUGUGACAUUAAGCAGUAGGGAUGCGGGGAGUAAGCAGAGCUCUUCAAAGAUCCAAACUCCCUGUCUUCUAUGUGUUUGAUGGGCGCUUGCAAAAAGGAUGAGAGUCCCUGUGGCUUUAUUAACUAAUCUGGCACCACUGUCAACUGGUAUGUGUGGACACUGACUCAAAGCUGACUCAGUGAGCUAGACACCCCUGCAUGUGUGACUUGAGCUCCCGAGUUCCUGUGUCUGUGCGCAUAUUUCCUUCUGUGUAGCACUAACCAUGUUGAACCGACGCACAGCUGUGCAGCGUGUUUAGAAUGUGCGAUUCAGUUUUCCUCCCUUCUGUCUCUGUGUCUCUCGCUCUCUCUCUCUCUCUCUCGUUCUCUCUCUCUAUCCCUUUCUCUCUCUCUCUCUUUUCCACUCUCCAUCACACUCCUUUUCUCUUGCUUGGCUAGCGUUGUUCAUGUCUAGAGGGUUAGUUUCUCUCUUAAUAGUCCUCGUCACCAUCAUAGAGUAAAGAGGAGAUGAUCACUGUGCUUCAAUGCGAAUUUGGCGGGCCAGAACGUGGAGUGGAAUAUGGGGGCUGGUGGAUGUGUGGACCCUCAAGGAAGAGCACGCUUUGAGUCCCAUCAAGGCCUGUAUGACAAACACCCGUCCUAACGGGUUUCUCAUCUCAUCUCCACUCCUUUUGGUUUUUGCCCUCCCCCACCCCCCCUAACCCCAAAGCAUAUUGUAUGUAUAAUCUAAUUGUAAAUCAGAUAAGCCAGAAGAAGUAUCAUCGAUUUCAUGUCAUUUGCACAAAUAAAAUUAUCAUAUUAA